GGCACAAUGGGUUGUUUCAGGAAGCCACGGGCAGGAAUCACACCGGCCUCUGGGAACGGCUCAGGAAGCCUCAAGAGGAGCGGCUGCACGAAGCCGUGCCCAAAGAUGCUUUUGGGAAAACUUCGCAAAGCCUCUGAGGGAAGGGGCAGGAUGUCCGGAGGAGACAUGGCCAAACCCCUCCUUGGCCACCGGAGCGUGGAGGGUGACCCCACGGCACCCGCAGCCGGCCGCACCAUCGGGGUGCUGGGGAGCGGGGACUUUGCGCGGUCGCUGGCCAUCCGCCUGGUGUGCUCCGGCUUCAAGGUGGUGGUCGGCAGCCGCAACCCCAAGCGCAAAGCCGGCCUCUUCCCUUCUGCGGCAGAAGUCACCUUCCAGGCUGAGGCGGUGAAGAAGACGGAUGUCAUUUUCGUGGCGGUUUUCAGGGAACAUUACUCCACGCUCUGUGACCUGGCUGACGUGCUGGUGGGCAAGAUCCUGGUGGAUGUCAGUAACAACACCGAAAUCAACCACCACAAAGAGUCCAACGCCGAGUACCUGGCCUCCCUGUUCCCGGCCUGCACUGUGGUCAAGGGCUUUAACGUGGUUUCUGCAUGGACGCUGCAGUCAGGUGCCAGGGAUGGUAAUAAGCAGGUCCUGAUCUGCUCAAAUAACCAAGAAGCCAAGCGCACCGUUGCAGAGAUUGCUCAGGUCAUGGGAUUCACCCCCGUGGACAUGGGCUGCAUGUCCUCAGCCUGUGAGAUCGAGAACAUUCCCCUGCGCCUCCUGCCAGCCUGGAAAAUCCCCAUCUUUCUGUCUCUGGGGCUCUUUCUUUGCUUCUUCACGUACAACCUGGUGCGGCAGGUCAUCCACCCGUACAUCAGGGAGCAAAAGAACAAGUUCUACAAGAUACCCAUUGAGGUGGUCAACACCACGCUGCCCUGCGUGGCCUACGUCAUGCUGUCCCUCGUCUACCUGCCCGGCGUGCUGGCAGCCUGCUUGCAGCUCUACUACGGCACCAAGUACCGGCGUUUCCCGGAUUGGCUCGACCAGUGGCUCCAGCACAGAAAGCAGAUCGGCCUCCUCAGCUUCUUCUGCGCUGCCCUGCACGCCGUGUACAGCCUGUGCCUGCCCAUGCGCCGCUCCCACCGCUACCAGUUAAUCGAGACGGCCGUCAAGCAGGCUGUGGAGAAGAAGAUGAAUAUCUGGGUAGAGGAGGAAGUCUGGAGGAUGGAGAUUUAUAUCUCUGUUGGAAUAAUUGCCCUGGGCUUGCUGUCGUUACUUGCCAUCACUUCACUUCCAUCCAUCGCAAACUCUCUCAACUGGAGGGAAUUCAGUUUCAUCCAGUCCACCCUUGGAUUUGUUGCCCUGCUAAUCAGCACUCUGCACACCCUCACGUACGGAUGGUCGAGGGCCUUUGACGAGAACCAGUACAAAUUCUACCUGCCUCCCACCUACACCCUCACGCUGCUCGUCCCAUGUACUGUGAUCCUAGCAAAGGUCGUCUUCAGCCUGCCCUGCAUCCACCACAGACUCGUGCGAAUCAGGAGGGGCUGGGAGAAGGGGAGAUACGUGAAGUUUGUUCUGCCCAGCGCAACAGGGGAGUAUUCGAGCGGGGAGACCUCUAGCCACGUCUGACGAAGCGCCGGGGCGACGGCGGAUUUCAAAGCACUAUCGACAUUUCUAUAAAGGUGUUUCUUUUUCUUAACUAUAUGUAUGUUUUGGUAUAAUUAUAUUGUGGGUAAAGAAAUAAAAUUUGGUGACUUUAGAAAAUGGGCUACCAUGAAAGAGUUUAGAUGGUAGUAUUUAAAUGAUAUUGCUGGUUUGCUAGGACAAAUGUGGCCUUAAAAAUCACCGUGAAAGCUGAGCUAGCAGCACUAAUACACAGAAAACUGAUGGAUUCUGCCUCUGGUGGUGCUGACUAGCAGCUCUCCAUACCAGUACUCCUCUGUUGCAUCCCUAUCUGCUAUCAUAAAUGUCAAUGCUUUUGUUCUUCUUUUACAUAUGAAGGAACACGGAUUUUCUGGGCUUUAUGAUAGCAGAGACAUCCUGCCUCUUCAGAGUCUGGAUCGGUGUAGGUAGUGAGGUUUAGAAACACAAAUCAACUCUGGAUUUGAUCCUCUCACAGAACUCUGUAGCCGUGUAAAAGCAGAACAAUAUCUGUGUUGUGUAGUGUCUGCAGAUUUUAGUAAAGGUGUCCAAACCUGACAGCAAAUCCAAGUAUCCUGCUUCCUCAAAUAGAGCCAGCAGUUCUGGUCCCAUAAGCUGUGAAGAGAGUUACCAAAAAGACCUGCAGCUUCACAAAACUUCAUGGAGGAAGCCAAAACCUUAUGUUAAAUAAUAUGGUGAAGGUUUUUUAAAUCAUAGUUUUAAAUCAAACCUGAACGUGCCCAUUUACACAGACAAAACAGCAGCUCUAAAACUGCUGGUUUCACUGUCAGUGAUAAGGUCUUUGAACUGUCUUGCAAAAGGCUCAGUGAGUUCUUGGCCACAGCAUGAAAACACAGGAAUUGCACGUUUGGGGCACCAUCCUUCAUUGCCUUGCACCCGACGAAGGCACUUCCUAAAUCACAAAGCUUUUCUUCUGAUUUCACACACACACACUUUGGAUGAGGUACAGGGCAAUGAAGAAUUCCAUCCUAAUUUAAUUUUAUACCUCUCACUUCCUAUCCCUUCAAGCCCUUGCUCUUUAUCAGAAAAAUCCUUUAGCUUUUGGACAUCCACAUAGAGAAUGGACAGCCAUUCACAAAAGCUCAAGCAACCACGAUGACACUAGAGGACUACCUCAGCAAGGUCAGGCACAAGGGCAUGGCUGUAACAGCCUCAUUUUCCUACAGCAAAGUAAAAGACACCACUCAGUGUUCAGCGUUGCUUUGAAAAACAACUGUCAGCACCAAAUGAGGCAUUUGUGGGACCAAAAAGCACCUGUUACAAGACCAGUUAAUACAAAAAGUAAAAUAUGGAUUGAUUUGGGGACAGAUAGGCCCUUCUGCAAGCCAACACGGGUUCCGUAACCAGAAUGAUUCAUGGACAGAGGAACUUCAAACUUCCCUGUUUAGUCUCAAAUGACAACCAUGAGCAAUGUUCUCCAAGCACUGCUCAAGCUGCCAAUGAAACGGAGGGGUUUUAAUUUGCGUAAGGCUUACAGUAAUGUCUCCAAACACCACUUCUUUUCACUGAACAAAAGGAAAUCGGCAUGAGGGAAAUGCCAAGUUUUCACAAUCAGCUGAUUUUAUUUAUUUAUUUUGGCAGCACAGGGAAAGCAGCAGUCUUUUCCUCCGUCCCUUUCAGGAAGCUGCAGUUAUUCAGGUUUUCCCAUUCACCUCCAGAGCCCAGCCCAGAUCAGCACCUGAUCAAAUCACUCACCGAGCAGAUUGAUUACCCAGCACUGGUUAUUUGUGGUUGAAUGGUAGCCUAAGCUUCCACACGGAUUUCAGGCAGUUUCACAUGAGUAAAAUUCCACCCACUCCAGCUUAACUCAUGUUUGAGGGAAAAUUGGAUUCAGCAAGCUUGUUCCUAGUCUUCUCUUCCUGUUUCACCAGUCGAGCAAAGUCAACAUAAAAGCACAAGUUUGCACAUUUUCUGUUUACAAUAAAGUAUUCCAAUGUUUGGA